GGCGGAAAUGAUCGGAGCUCGGUCGCAGCAUUCGUUUCCAGUCUACUUUCGACUUGGAAGUUCGAAAGUUGUGAACGGUGUAGUACGCGGAGACGAAAUGGCGAGGAAAUACACUGAAAACCGAUAAGUUGAGGUUUCUGGUGAACAAAGAGCUUAAAAGAGACUCGUUGAUCUUAGUGCCUCUCUUUGAAAGUGGAAAAAAGCGCUUGUUGAUUGCUGAUGGAGGACCAAGAGAGACUUCGCCAUCAAUCCCCUGAUCGGUCUCAGGAGCUGGUAAGUGAGGGAUUUCUCCUAAAUUUACAGGCUACAAUUCUCCUAAAUUUACAAGCUACAAUUUUGCAUCAUAGUUAGAAAUGAUGGCAUCCAUAUGGUAUGCAAUUCAAUGUGCAACACUCUGAAGCCAAAUUCUGAUGAUUACUUCUGAGGUCUUUCCCUUGCGCGCCGGAACCCACAUAAAGGAACUAGAAAUAGUGUCAAAAGCGUGUUUAAUAUGACGCUUAGGACUUAAAGUCUCUAUAGUCUUUGUCUGAACGGAACACACUUAAACUACAAACAGAAGGAUAUUAUCACAGAUCAUGACCGAAAACUAUCUGGCUUUUUGUACUCUCCUCAAUUUAUUCAUAAAAGUCCCCCUCCCCCUCCCCAUCUCCAGGUUGGAAAAGAGAGGGGGGAGGGGAGGGGGUCUGGUGUUUUCCAGAGGGCUGAUACCGCAUCAGUUUCCAGCUACUAAUGACAAUGGUAGUGAUGUCCAGUUUUAGAAACAAAUUUUGUUGUAAAUUGGGUUAAUAUUGAAACCAUUUUGUUACAAUUGUUUUGAUUACUUGUACAUGUUGUGAUCAACAGCCCAAUUCUCAAUGGAAUUUGACAGGUUUAUUUAACCCUUUAACUCCCAGAAGUGAUUAACAUGUAACUUCUCCUUAUAGUAUCCAUACAUCAUAGUAGCAAACAGGUAGUGAGAAUACUCAAACUCAUCAGCUACAAUUUAUUACCUUGAUUGAACACCAAAUUCACAUAAUCAAUUUUACUAGGAAAUGUGUUGUAGCUAGAGGAGAGAAUUGAUAAUCAGAUCUUGGGAGGUGAAGGGUUAAUUGAAUAAGCAAAAACCUGAUAUCUUAAAGUUUGUUUUGAGAAGAGUAACUCCAUACUUAAUAUAAGCAUCUUUUGUAUAAUACACUUUGGAACUGAAUUUUUUUUAUCAUGUUUAUUUCUUCUUUUGUAUCACUGAAAAAGUAUGAGGUAGCCAUUUUGAAAUUUAGCACCCCUGCUAUAAUCACCAGGAUAGACCAUCUUUCAAUCAAGUGUCUAACAAUCAAAACCAAUUGAAAGUAAUCACAGCUACAAAUCAGAAUGAAGGUUAACAUCAUCAUUAACCUAUAAGAACUCAAAUUGAAAACCAGUACCCAGCUUGAGGCAUGUGGAGACGUUAGUGACCAAGUUGGAGUGGUUUUAGUUUUGCAUUUGAUUGAGAGAGUGGUGCAAGUUUCCUGGACUAAUCAAAGAACGAAGUAAAGCAAAACCAAAGCAAUCCAAGACCACUUGCUAUUGGAAAUUGCUCUAGAUCAGUACAAUGUGGGGAUUUUGAGUAAGAGGCUGAAUUAAAUUUCCUCUAUUAGAUGGAGCUUAAUGCUGGAAGACAUCUGCAAGCAGGAUCAAAACUUCCAAGGAAAGACUAUGAGGUAUCUAUAGCAUUAGAGUUAACCCAUUAACCCUUUAAUCCCUAAGAGUGACUGGUAUCUAAUUUCUCCUAACAAUAUCACCACUGAAUCACACAUCAAGGUCAUGAGAAUAAAGGAAAUGAUCAACAACUAAAGAAACUCUUGAUUAUUAGAUAACUUAAUUCUCCUUUUUAGCACCCUUGGCUAGUAAAUUUACAGAGGACAGUAUGGAGAAUAUAAAUACUGAUGUUAGGGUGUAAAGGGUUAACUCCCAAGAUCUAGCUAUAAAUUCUUAACACUGUCUGUAAUAAAUUUCUUAUAAUUUGAGUUCUAAGAAUUUGGUAUAAUCAAUGCCCAUCCUUUAAUAACAUUGUUUUUUCUUCUUAUCAAAUUUUUGCUUUAAAACAUGUUUUCAAGACCUCUUUCAUUAAAGCAAGUAUCAGAUUAUUAUUAUUUUAGUUGCAAAUAAAAUUGUUCUUCUUAAUUACUUUUGAAUGAAAAUCCUAUUUUUUUAAAGACGUUUUACAGGCCAAUGGAGUAAUUUACACAAAUAUAAAAAAUGGCAACUAGACUGAGCAAUUCAUGUCUCAAAAACUGAAAGGGAUGGUCCCUUUAACUCCCAUGAGUGACCAAGACAGAAUUUCUCCUUACAAUAUCAAUACAAUAUCAACCAGAUAUUGAUGAGAAUUAAGAAAAAUAUUUAUUUGGGGAUAAUUAGUUGAUCCAAUAUUAAAUUCUCUGAAUUAACAUUGUUAGAAUUGUAUGGUUGACAGUGAGGAGAAUUAGAAACUUGGUCUGGAAGUUAAAGGGUUAACUGCAUUUUAUAAAUUCAUCUAGAUCCCUGUCUGUUAUUGCAAAUUUAUCAAUUCAAUUUACAUUUCAACUGAUAAAUGAAUCUUGUCACUUAUUUAUUAGACUGUCUGAGACUUAAUAUUAUUUUUCCGUUACAGAGCCUAGAUUACGAUGUCUGCUACAACAAGCCAUUUUCAAGAAUGCUUGCAUCCAGAGAUAAAAAGGUAAAAAUAUUGUUGAAUAAUUCUGAAUUAAAAGCCUGAAUGAGCCGUGUUACUUUUCCAAGUGUUUGUAAUGUUGAGUUAAUGCAGGUUAGUACCAAUUGAGAUUUUUUUCUUCAGUUAAUACAUGUAAUUACCAAUUGAAAUUGCAUUAUAAAAAUUAUAGUAUGAGUAUCAGCUAAUAGCAAAAAGGGGUUGGGUCAUUGAUAGGUAUUGAUACCAUCAGUCAGUAAAUAUACAGAAGACACCAUUUGAUAAAUUAGGUGAAGCUGUUCGACACUCCUGUUUUAAUAAUCCUAAACAAACACUUUAUAAUUGAUUUCAUAUGUCUCUAGAAUUCUUCUCUCUCCUUGUAACCUUUUAAUGGUUCAUCCUAAACCUGUAGUAAGUCUGAAGAUAAUUUAGAACCCCAUUAAUGAGAAGAGGAGGACAACAGGGUAAUAAUUUCUCAUUUACACUCCCCUUUAUUCCUCCGGAACUCCUGUCUCUAGCCCCUUAUUGCAAGACACUUUAGAUUUAGUGAUGAACAUAUGUUUACUUUUUUGUUCCCCAUCUCUUUUUCAUCUCUCAUUUUCUAUCUCCUAACUUCCAUUUUCAAUUUCCAAUCUUAGAUCUCCAAUCUCUUAUCUCUAAUUUCCAAUCUCCAAUCUCCCAUCUUCCAUCUCCUACCUCCCAUAUUCUAUUUCCCAUAUCCCAUUUUACAUUUCCUAUCACCCAUCUCUCAUUUCCCAUCUACCACUUUUUAUACCCCUCCCAUCCAUAUUCUCAUUGGUUACCAUUCCCCCCUUACCUCUCCACUGUCAUGUGUAGAUAACACACAGCUUUUAAUCAAAUUGUUAUCAUUUCUAAUUGUAAAACAGUCACUUUUGGGGCAAGAGGUAGUCAGAUGGUUGGUGACAGGUGCUAUUGGGAUCUUGACAGGCUUGGUAAGAGCUGCAAAUCCUUAGAAAAGUUUUCAAAAAAUGUCCUACAUCACUCAGGAAAACCAUAAAAGAGAAAGAAUUCCUAAUUGACUUUUCCAUUUAUUGAAUUCAGCAUCUAAUGACAGUAAAAGCAAUUGCCAUUAAUGAUCUGCAAAAAAACAAAAAAAAAAAAAGAAAACAAAAAGACAAAAAUAGUAAACUGAGAAUGAUUAAUUUGAAAAAAAAAGAAAGCCAGUGCUAAACUCUAAACUCCCCUGUGCUGGACUCUAAGUCAAGAGGUCUGGAUUCAAGUUCUAGCUAGACAUGUUCAGAAAUGCAUGGCAUAAUUUGUCAAAAUCGUUGAAUCUGUCAAACUAAGUUUACUUGCUAGACAAAUUUGACCAAUAUUGGUCAAAAUGAUCAAUUUAGCCAAGCUGAUUUCGCUUUGACAAAUUUGACUGAUUGAAAGUACCAAAAAUCAUCAAAUCUAUGAACAUUCUCUCAGCCCAAUGAAAUUUCAUCAAUCUGCCAUUUUUUUACUAUCCAUUAAUUUUUUGUUCCAAUUGAUUGUAGGUGGCUGUUUUUAUUGACUAUUUUGUGACGCUUUUGACAAAGUGGAAAUUUCAUACUAUUGACAAAUGUAUCUUUUUUUACUUUGUAUACCCUAUGUUAUUUAACAGUCUAAAAACCAUCUUUUGGUGUAGCACCAGGGCUCUUAGGGCCAAAGAUUUGCUAAAAACUAAGUAAACAAAUGAAUUAAUUUUUAUAAUUAAAAAAUUUUAUAAUAAUAUUUAAAAAAGCAGAAGUACAAGAAAGAAAGAUGUUAGCUGAGAGUUUUGUGACAAUAGGGUCAAAAUGUCUUGGUUCUCAACUCCACAUGCAUGAAGCAAACUCCAAAAUUCCUAACUUAGUAACUCAAUAUACAUGUAUGAACUUGAUGUUUACAUUUUUAGUAAACAGAAUUGCUUUUUGUAAGUAAGAAAGUUGGUAAAUUUUGAACUUUACUCUCAACUGUUUGAAAUCUAAUGUUAGUAGCACUUUAUGGAUGUAAGUUAAGAUUUAAGUUAAGGUAUACAUAUUCAUUGGCAUUUUAUCAUGAGUGGAUUUGAAGUAUUAAUAGAGAGUGCAGUGGAUUUACCUUCGAUGAUGAUUCUUGACGUUGUUCCUCACUAUUGUUUGGACAUCAGCCCUUAAGGAGUGCACUCCUUCUGGUUGCUUAGCUGUUACUCUACUAAUAUUGAUGGCUUUUAAUGGGGUAUUUUGUCUUAUAGCUGGGAUUCUGUGUGUUAUUGAGGUAAGGAAUCAACGAAACUACAUGUGCCGUUCUAAUUUGUUAUAUCAUAAACGUGAUUGUGUGUGCAUGAUUCUGUUUGGCUGUGAGAGACAAUAGAUGUUUUUUGACAGUUUCAGGCAACAGAUUCAGUCAACUUUUAGGUGGGACGGUAAAGCCAUUAGCCAGUAGUUGUAAGUGAGACUUUCUUAUUGCUCCAGACCACACUGCCCCUCUCCACCCACUAGAAUUAAUAGGUAUGGGAAAACUGUCAGGGAAGGACUCAGGGAAGUUUGACAAACUGCUAGGUGGGGGUGGGGAAUCAGGUAAGAUUGAUAACAGGGCUUCCCACAGCACCUCUCUCCUACAAGGAGUGUAAAUGGGUACCAUUGAAUUGUCAGGGAAGCUUAAUAAACUGCUGAUCCUACGCAUCCUACUAGCAGGAUGAGAGAAUAAUAAAGAAUCAUGUCUUUAACUUCAUAAUCCUUUACAGUUGUUUAACCCUUUACACCUAACAUCAGUAUCCAAAUUCUCCAUACUCUUUCUUCUAUUUAUUUAUUAGAUGUGAUGAAUCAAUUUGAUCUCAUUUUUAGCCAGUAGCAGCUGGGAGUGGAAUUCCAGAAAUCAAGUGUUACUUAAAUGGAGUGAAGGUUUGUUUACCCUUUACAACCAAACAUACUGCUCUUUACACAUGUCUUAAGGUGCUGACAAGGAGAAUUUGUUCACCAAUCAAGAGCUUCUUUCAUUGGUGAUCAUUUCCUUUAUUCUCAUGACCUUAAUGUGUGAUCCAGGGGUGAUAUUGUAAGGAGAAAUUGAUGCUAGUCACUCUUGGGGUUCCACAUUUAUUCAAGCUUUUGUAGGAGCAUGUUCGACUUGUCUAUCUUUCUACAAAAAAAUCUGGUUUAGGGCUCUGAUCUCAUAUCCCCCUUUUCCCAACCCUGCCUAAAAUUUGGCCUCUUUCAGAUGUUUCUUUUUCUUGACAUUGUAGGUUCCUCAUGUAGUGCGGCUCAAAACUCUUGUUUGCAAGGCAGUUGGUGUGCUGUUUAGUGUUGCUGGAGGUAAGUUGCAGAUUUUACACAUCCUCUUAGGUUGAGAAGAAUUAAAGAGUUCCAGGCCCAGCCUGGAUUGUGGACAAUCACACAAUGAAGAUUGUUGAAAGUGUUUCCUUUCUCUAAGUGUGAUAGUUUUAUUUGAUAAGUUUUCUUAUCUACAUAAUUAUAUAUAACUUACCAUAUAUAAUUUAAUCAGUUUAGUGCUGCGGAAUGCUAAUUAAACCAUGGACCUUAAGAGUAGGCAAUCAUUUUAGGCAGGCACUUAUUUGCAGCUAGGUACUUUUUUCAGCAAGAAGUAAGUUUAUUUUACAAAAAAAAAACAAAAGCAAAAACAAAAACAAAAGAAAGACUUAAAACAAAAUGUGAAAAUCUAGAAUAGACAUUGAAGUAAGAGAUUUUCAGCCACUGAAGAAACAAUUUGCACCCUGAACCUUUUUUUUAGGGGGGGGAUGUUUUAUCUUUCUUUCAUUAGUGGGUGAUAAAAAUGUAGAAAAUAAAAUAAUACUUUUUACAGGAUGAGAAGGAAUUAUUAAAAAACUGUAGGGAAUAAAUGCCCAAAAGGAAAAAAGCACCAAUGGGACACAAAGAUCCAUGCAAGGUGCCUAUGCAUAGGAAAAGAGGUUUUAAAUAUACAGAUAUAAAGAUAUUAAAAAAAGUUAAGGAAUAAAAAAAAAAAAAUGAUCCAACAUGAGCAAUCCUGUGAGAUGGACAACAAACAAACCACUGGUCCAGGUCAAAAACUGAUUUUAAAAUGGACUUUAAAUUUGUAAUUAUACUUAUUUUUCAAAAAUAAUUAAAAAAAAACCAGGUGAGAUAUAAUUCCUAGAGUGAGGUUGGGUGGGUGUUUAUUCAAGGCUGAGCACUUUUUAGCUUUUCCUACUUAUUUGCUUGGAGUUGGGUCCCUAAUCAAACCAAUGUAAUUGUGUAUAUUUAUUAUUGAUAAAUUUGUUUUUAAAUGUUCUAAAAUUCAGGUUUAUUUGUUGGUAAAGAAGGACCCAUGAUACACAGUGGUGCUAUUAUAGGUGCUGGAAUACCUCAGGUGAUGCACAGAGAAACUAGGCCCUGGUUGUUCGGAGGUUGGAUAAUGCUAUCCACUGGAUUAAAAACUCUAUCCAGUGGAUAACACCAUGUGUUUAGCUAUCACUUAUCUGCUGGAAAGUAAUUUAUCGGUUGGAUAGCAUUAUCCGCCUUUUUACAACUGGGCCAAGAUGUACAUGUAGGUGCUGGUCACUCCUAAGGCCAGUUAUUUGAACAAAGUUUGGCUAUUGUCUAACUAAGCUGUGUUCAAAGCCAUUCUCAAACUGGUUUGAAAAUAUUCAAAACAUUUUUGCAAACAGAAUGUUUCUUUUUUCUUAAUUUGCAGUUCCAAAGUAUUGCAUUUCGUAAAAUCAAAUUCAACUUCCCUUAUUUCCGAACAGAUAGGUAUUCAUGACAACUUUUUUUUACUAUUUGAUAAUAAUGUUAUUGAUGAUAAGGAUGAACGUUCUAUAAAUUUAAAAAAAAAUUAUAUUUCUCUUAAAUAUUGUCCAUGCAGUCCAAAACGCCAUUGAGGCUUUUACAACUAAUGCUUCUGUGAGAGAUAAAUUGGUAUAGCUAGACCUCAAAAUACAGGAAAAUACAGGAAAAUGCAACUGCAAGAAUCUGAACUUCAGAGUUUCCCUCAGGAAGCCCAGACCUCCUUAGGAUUUAGAGGAGGCCCUCCAACCAAACAGAACUACCUUGGAGUCCCUGCUUUCUAAACCAUUCAUUUGUACCAAACUGUAUUGAACCACUGCUGAGGUGUAAACUGUCAUGGACAAGCAACCCUCCAGGAGGUGUAUCAAUACCUGUCUAAAGUCAUUUCAUGCUACAGAAAGCAGGAUAUAAGAUCCAACCAGUUGUGUUGGUCAUUAGCUGCCAGGGCAAACUUAUCAAUCACACUUUUUUAAAAUUAUUAAAUCUCUUCUAAGCGCAUUCAGCCUUCACUAUUUUUUCAGAGAGAAGAGAGAUUUUGUAUCUGGAGGAGCAGCUGCUGGAGUGGCAGGUAAAGACUUUCUUACUAAUCAUUUUCUUUGAGAAUGCACAGACUAAGACAUAGACUAAAGUGUACUUAAUUUUUUCCCAAUUGAGAUCAAGCAUGACUUUCAUUUGUUCCAAAAGCGUUCUUAUAUAAUUGCUUUUCACUAAAUGCUUAGCAAUAAGACUAUUUGAAACUUUGUAAUAGUUUAUUUUCAUUUUUUUCCUCUCCAGCCGCAUUUGGUGCACCCAUCGGUGGAGUGUUGUUUAGUCUGGAGGAAGGAAGUUCAUUUUGGAACCAGGGGCUUACCUGGAGAAGUGUAAAUAAAAUAUUUCCUGUUGUGCAUUCAAUCUAUAACUUUUAGAGAUAAGUUUGUUUGUUAGAGCCUAGUUGCUAAUUAUGGUCAGUGCCUGUUCACAUCCAUGUAAUUUCAGAGUUCUCCUGAUCAGAUACCACUGCCUUGCUAAUAAAAUCCUACUUUAAUUUUUAUCAGGGGUCCAUCAUGAGGACAAUAUUUUUGGUCCUAAAAUGAGUUCUGAUUAUGCUCUUGAACUGAGAUGGACAUUGCAAGAAAGUGCAAUGACCAUGCCAUGGAUCAAUCCAAGACCACACUGUGGUAUUAUAAGGCAAUCUUGAUUAUCAUCAGGCCAUCCUUUCUGGCCACAGAAUAUUUUCUUCCGAGUGGAGAAUUUGAAACAUCACAAUUUAUAUCUUGUCAUAAAUAACAACUUAAUUGAUUACUAUUGGUAUAGGUUGUAUAUGAGAUAGAAAGUAACAGCUGUCACAAAAUUACACUUUAUGAAACAUUUUUAAUUAUUUGAUGGAAGUUGUAUCACUAAUUUUUUUUUUCAAAAUUGUGUUUAGUUCUUCUGCUCUAUGGCUUCCACAUUCACAUUAAACUUUUGUUUAUCUGGUAUAAAUGGCUAUGGCUGGGGCUCUUUUAAUCAACCAGGAUUACUAAACUUUGGAGUUUUUAGUGUGAGUACCUAUUAUUAAUCCCCAUUGAAAGUUAUGAUUUUGAUUUGAUUUUGCAAGGUGUUAAAUUAAAAAACUUUUUCCAAGCAACAGCCGUUUAUGUAAAGAACCAAAAUGAUCAUCUAGAUCAUUAUCCUUAUUGAUUUUGUCUUCGCAAUAUUUGAUGAAGUGGCUUGUUGAUGCUGACCAUAAGUCUAUUCACUAUGAACUCAAAACCCAUGAAAAUCUUGUGAAAUAAUUCAUUGUAAAUUCACAGAUUUUUCACAGGAUUUUCAUGGUUAAAUCAAUGACAUUUUCAUGGUCUCAGUGCCAUGAAAAAGACCUGAAAAAUCCCAUGAAAAACCUGUGAAAAUUUCCAUAUUCACGACCCAUGAAAUAUUGAGUAAAGUGACCUAGAAGCCAUGAAAUACCCAUGAAAAUGGCAUUUCAUGGCCUUUUCAAUGGUACUGAGAAACCCAUGAAUUUCAAGCCCAAAAUUUCAUGGUGUCAAAGUUCACUAGUUUUUAAUGGGUUGCAGCAAAUCAUGACCCAUGAAUAUCCUGUGAAUAUGUUAAAAAUUCAUUGACCAUGAAAAUUUUCCUUGAAUUUUCAUGGCCUCUACAUGGUUUUUUCAUGGCACAUGAAAGUUAAUUGCCAGUUAGUUUUCAUGGGGUUGUUAGGAAUAUGCAAGCACCAUGAAAAUUCUUUGAAAACCCUAUGAAUUUGGAAUUAAAAAUUCUUCACUUUUCUUGUACCAAAGACUGUACUACAGUGUAUAGCUUGCAGUAUACCAUAACUGUAAUACAUACACUAUCACUUAAAUUAUACACUGAAGAACUAACCUAUCUGUGAAACUUCUUGGUCCUGUUGUACAAGCACACACACAUGAAAGACAUGACCAGAAGUUUGGAUUCUCUGAUAGUUUAUUUUGUUUCACCAGCUGUAUAUAAAUAUUACUUUAGGAUUCCAAAAUUGUGAUAAUUCAGUUUACACUUUCUUAAAUAAAAAAAGUUGGUAUGAAAUUUUCUGCAUAAAAUUAAGAUGUUAAUGAUUUUUAGCUCUAUUUUGAUAUCACUGAUUUUCCUUGUGGAGACAGAUUCUGCUCCUAUAUUUCUGAAGGUAUAUAAUAAAUUUGAUGUGAAAAAUAUUUGGACGAAAUUAUUGAAAAUAUACUCACUGGCUUGAUGUAUUUUUGUCUAAACUUCAAAUAUCAUUUCCUUCGUCUAAUAUCAUGUGUAAAAUGUUAUGGACAGUUAUUAUAAUGUCUAUUUAUGUAACAGCAUUCAUGUAAAUUUCUUGAUAUGUUUUACACUUGUGAUCAAUACUUUCAAGGUAACUAACAACAAAACAAUUACCAACUUUCUGCACUCUUGCAUGUGUGAAGAUAUAUCUAUGGCUGACUAUGUCAGUGUCUCUCUGUUUUGGCCACCUGAAUGUGCCAUCCUUCUUUCGGUUAUCAUUACUAUUUGUAUCUUCAUCAUCGUUUGGACCAAGAUAGGCUGCUUUAGCAAGUGUGCAUUUCCUUUCAUCAGUUUUGUAGACCAACACUCUUCACUGUUUGCAAAAUAAAGGGAGCACAUCAUCAGUUAUCUAAGAGCCUUUCUUAUGUACGUAGUAAACCUAGAAAUGGAUAACUCGCCAAAACAGGUUCUCUUCAACAUGAAGCCGUCAGAUACUAAGCGACGCACUAUGGAAGUGAGGUGAGGUAUUUCGUAUUCAGAAUUUGACUGUAUUUUUUAUUCCUAAGAACGGUCGUAGGUAUUUCCAUACAAACUCUUGUGAUUUUUCGCCAGAUGAUCACAGAAUAAAAAUUUUCAAGUUAAAUCAAUAGUUAGCGCGCGCGCUCCGAUGUUUACGCGUAAUAAGAUGACCAAGCUUGAACUUACCCCUUCACGUUGUAAUACAUGUCGAUAACUUCAUCUUGAGGAAACCUCUUUGAAAAAACUUUUCAGACGGUGCAUUGCGUUGAUCUGGAAAAAAAAGAGACUGCUACACAAACGCUACGAGAAAUGCAGUUGGAAUGGAACCAUUCCGUUCGAGGGUAAAAAAAACCGCCACUUCUUCGUAAAUCACGUGUACUUUCACGUGGUGACCUUAGGUCAUCGCAGCCAUCAUAGGUCAGCGGUCACAUAGUGACCUCACAGGUUAUCGUGUUCGACGUUACGAAAUGACUCCGAAGAGGUCUCGUUGCUGUGUCUGUAAUCUUACAAAAUAAAGCAGCACAAAAAGCUGUUCGGUAUUUGGAAUUCGAAGCAAGUAACAAUCGACAGGACAUCAGAGUCCAAGAAAGUCAGAGCUGACAUCGACAGUGAUUCCUGUGAAAGCGAUCACGAAAUCAACAACGAUGUUGUAGAAGGCGAUCUCAAUGAAUACAUGAAGGUAACGUUUCAUCCCGACUGAGAAGAUGGCCUGACUCUGUUAACCGGCGACUCUAUGAACGAGGUAAAAAUAGCAUUUUUUUCAGGUUACAUUUGCACACUAUUCAAAGUUCCAAAUUGAGGUGACAAAGUGAUUGAUUUUUCAUUGUUUUGUUCCACAUUUCGUGUAGAUGCAAUGCGUACUAUUGCUGUGCAACUUAAGCAUCUGUACUCUGCAGGUGCCUUACUGGAAAAGCCCUAGAAGAUUCCUCAGCCGUAAGAAUGUAAGAAGGCCUUGAACAGGUUUCCAGAGUCAUGGCUAACAAUCAAAGCCAGCAGUGAGGCAGAAAAAAUUCAACAAAGUCGUCCAGGCAUGGCGAAGGCAAAAAGGCCCCAAAAAAUCAAAGUGAGGAUCAAACAUCUGGGUCAUUGCCUCCAGCCCUAUUUGUCUCAACAAAGGAGCAAAUUGAAGAUCCAUUGUUUUUAGUCAUUGUUUUGUGAUUUCCUGUACAUUUUACGUUAACAAAGGUCACUUAAGAUGUUUAGGGACAUUUUCAUUCGACGGUUUUCGCGCUGUACACCAAAAUUACAUCAGUGCAUAAAUUUAUAACAAGUUAGUUCCACGGAUCAUGAAAGUCAGCUCGUUGAUAAAUCAGUGACUGUGAUGAACUCAUUAUUACCACUUUUAAUGGCCUAUGAAUUUAUCAAUGAAAUUCAUGGGCAACAGAUUUCAGGGAAUAUUCAUGGCCCAUUAAUUUUGUUCUCCCAAAACAAAUAAAUUGUUAGCCCAUGAAAUGCUGUUUGAUUGCAAUUCAUGGGCAUGAAAUUCAUUCUGAUGACUUUCUGGGGAAACUAAUGGGUCAUGAAAGUAGACUUUGAAGAAAUUCAUGGGUCAUGAAAGUAGGCAUAUAAAGAAAUUCAUGGGUCAUGAAAUUAAUUCUGAUGACUUUCAUGGCAAAUCAAUGGGUCAUAAAAAUAGACUUUGAAGAAAUUCAUGGGUCGUGAAAAAAAUUCCCCUAAUUCAUGGCUAAAAAUAACCCCAUGAAAUUUCAUUUUGCAGUAUUUAUGGGCCAUGAAAUGAUCUUCAUGGGUUUUUCACAUGAAAUUCAUGGAAUUUUCAUAAAACUACAGUUCAUAGUGAUUAGAGUGAUCAUUUUUAAUACCAUUUACUUAAAAUUAGCUUUUGAAAUCCAUUUUUGUUGAAUUGGAGGUGAAAACUUUCCUGUCUCAGUUGUACAAAAGAUGGCAAUAAAGUGAGAUAUACUUUUUGACCUCACUAACUGUACUUUAAGAUAAAAGCAAAAUUAAUAGUGUCUGAAUUGUAUACUAGUUUUAACUAGCAAGUAAGUAACUUUUAUAAGAUUUACAAUAAUAUUAUAAUUAUUACUGAUUGAAUUAAUUUUCUUUCCUGCAUUUCAAUUAACUCAAAGUGUCAUGGAGAAGAGAACUGUAAUCUGUGGAACAUACAAGAUGUUCUGAUCUUUAUAGCCAUGGGUUUCGUAGGUGGUCUCCUUGGAGCAUGGUUUAAUGCGUUGAACAAGCAUCUCACAGUGCAUCGCAUUUUGCAUGUGUAUUCUCGAUCCAAGCAUGUGAGGUAAGGUUGCAAUUAAGCUCUUUUAAUGUUUUGACUCCUAAGAGUGCAUUCAGCAUCUAAUUUCUGAUCCUUACAAUAAUAUCAACCCCAAAUUGCACAUUAAGGCCACAAGAAUAAAGGAAAUUAGAAGAAGAAAAGGAGGAGGAGGAGGAGGAGGAGGAGGAGGAGGAGGAGGAGGAGGAGGGUAGCCCAUUCAGAUGCCUUAAACACUGCUAUCAAUUGGGGCCCACAUAAAAAUGAAAAUUAUGAUAAGAACUUCACAAUCAUGCUAAAAUACUACUUCUACAGGUAAACUCUCGGAAAAGUUAAGUUAAUCAUAAAAUAUGUGCUUCAUACAGUUACAAUAAAGAUGAAUAAAAUCUUAAAACAUUAAAAAUUUAGCUUAUUAAAAAUUACAGAAUGAUCCAUAUUAUAAUAAAAAGUCGAGUUUUUAGCUAAGUCAGUUCUAACCCUUGGCAAGUGUAAAUCUUCAUUUGCCUCAUAGUUCGAUUGUGGACAGAACUGUUAAAAAUAAAAUAGUUUUCAAAAAAUUUUGCACAACAUCCUUUAAUGGGUGUGAAGGGUUAAAUACUUAUUGAAAAUGCUCAGGUACAUUUGAAUUUGAAUUUGUCUGUGAAGCAUUUUCCUCCUCUGCUUCCUCAUACUUCUGAGACUCAGACAUCUUCAUCCUCAAUGAUUACUUUAAAUUGUUUUUACAUUUCCAUCCAGUUACCUCUUUCAUACUUAUAUUUAUCCUCUUUCUCGUGACACUUUUCAUCUUCCUCAUCAUUGUUUUUAUUCUGAUGCCUCAGUCAUGCCCAGUCACAUUUUACAGGGGAUCAUUCCAGUAGAAUUAAGUCAGUUAGAGCUUUUCCCAUCAACAUCCUGCUAUUCAUUUUAUAAGAAGAAAAGAUUUGUUACCUUUCAGGAUUCUUGAAGCAGUCCUGGUUGGUUUGAUCACCACAUCAGUAGCAUUCUUUGGUCCAAUUUAUCUUGCACGUUGUAAAACACUUCCAUCGGUAAGGCUAAAAUGUUAAUUUCUUUCUAUAUCUCUCAUUUAGUAUGUGCGCUUUGAUUGGUCAAUUUAAAAUGCUGUAUUUCACUGUACAGUCUGCUCAAUUCAAAACUUUUUCAAACUGAAGUCUUCUCCCUCCAUUUUAUUAAAUGGUGAAUUAUAAGAAAUAUUUUGCUAACUUUGUCUUCUUGGUCCUUUGAGUGAGUUAUGGCUGUGCACCAAUUUAUGCCUGUGCUGUGCCUUACACCAGGGCUCAGUUGUGUAAAGGGCAGAUAAUGCUAUCCAACUGAUAAAUCGCUAUCUGGCGAAUAAGUGAUGUGUUAUCCAACCUUUGAACAACUGGGGCCUGGACCAUAAAUUUAAGUGGAAAAAAAUUGGACUUAACUCACUGUGCCAACCUGGAACUAGGUUUAACCUCUAGUUAAAGGAUAAUUGUAUACUUCCAUGAUAUCAUGCAAAACCUUUAAUGAAGCACUAUGAGUAUUUUUUUUUUUUUUUUUUGGGAGAUGUUUUAGCUUGAAAUAUAUUAUUAUAUUUAAUUUUGUAUUUUUUAUUCAACCUAGUAAUUAUUAUCACUUCCAAAAUCUCAAUUAUAUCAAUUCAGGUUGCACUGAAACACUUUUCAUGAUAUCAGUUGAGAAAAUUAAGCAUAAAAUCACACAAUAUAUUCCUGCUGAUAUUUUUGUUAAUUCUCAUUAUAUUACUUGGAGAAAUUACUUCAAACAAUGAUACAUCAUUGGGGUGAAAGGUCUUACUUAAUAAACCUUUAACUCCCAAGAUCUCAUGUAGUAAUUCUCUUCACAAUCUGCCAUACAGUUCUUGUGAUGUUGGUUUGGAGAAUUUGGUAUUAGAUAACCUAAUAAUCCCCUAAUUGAUAUUUUUCUGCUUGAUAUUGUACUGAUAUUGUAGGGAGAAAUUCUGUCUUGGUCACUCAUGAGAGUUAAAGGGUUAAUGAUGCGUGACCUUUUUGUUUUUGGUUUUUUCUACAGGGUAGUGUCUCAUCUGCAAAUAACACUAUAUCCUAUUUUUGUCAAGAAGGACAGUACAAUGACAUGGCAACAUUGUUCUUCACCUCCCAGGAAUCAGCAAUACGGCACCUUUUUCACCUGGAUGGUAAGAGCUAUUUUUUUGUUGCAUAUUUUUUGCCCUCUCUAGGUAAUUUGUUUUCAGGACAAUCAUCAAGUGCUUAACACAACAAAGAAUUCAGAGGAGUCAGUAGUGAUUUUUUGCAAUAAUUAGAGCUGUAGCUGUUUGAGAACUGUUCAUUGUGGCUCCUGCCAUUUGAGUUGAAUUCUGUGCAGCCAACUGAAUAAGAUGUGUACAGUAUGUUUAAUUUGCGUCAUUGAAGAAUUUUCCACCAUUCAAACAGCUACAUUAUUUUACUCUUUACAUGGAAUCUUAAAGCACAGUUAGCACUUACUUUUUGUAUGGUUUCUUUUACAGCUGGGAGAAUUAGAUAAUGUGAUUUCUAUGGUUUACGUUUUAUUUAACCAUUUUAUCCCUAAGAGUGACUAGCCUCUAAUUUCCCCCAGCAGUCUCACCCCUGAAUCAAAUAUUAAGUGCAAGAAGAGGAAAUAAGGAAAUAACUGUCUACCCCAAAAGCUUUUGAUUGUUAGUAAGACAAACUCUCCUUGUAAUUACCAUUAUGAUAGGAACUGUAUAGAGAACAGAAUAGAGAACUUGCAUAGUGAUGUUAGGAUUUAAGAGUGUAACAAAUGAAAAUCAUCCCUGAAUAACCCUGACUAUGUUUCUUGCUACUUGAACAAGCAUAUACUGGCAAUAAUUUAUCACCCUAACUACGAGCAUACUGCUCAUCAAAUUGUAACCUGAAAAUGUCUUUCUUUUUUUCUUCAUCAGGUGCCUUCAGUUUGACAUCUCUAGGAAUUUUUUUUAUUUGUUUCUACUUUCUGGCAUGUUGGACUUAUGGAGCAAGUGUUCCUAGUGGUCUUUUUGUUCCUUGUUUGCUGUGUGGUGCAGCUUACGGCAGGUUUAUCGGUGAGCUCUGCAGGUAAAAAACAACCUUAGUCUGGAACUAAUCUUGGUUUUUAUCGUCUUUGUGGCCAAUGGGAGGGGCAGGGUAACUUGUGAUGGACUGCAUCCCAUUCAGGGGGGAGUAGCAAUACUCCUUGUCACUUCGUGCAACAGAAACCAGGGAUAAGUAUGGGCUGGAUGGGCCACUUAAUCCUUUAACUCCCAAGAUCGAAUUGUUAAUUCUCCCCUCUACCUACUACACAUUUCCUUUUAAGUAAGUUGCAAGAAUUUGGUGUCAGAUCAAGAUAACAACUUCUACCUGAUACAUUUGAGUAUUCUCAUUACCCAUUUGCUGGAUAGUGCACGGAGAUUGCAGGGUGGAGUUACUUGGUAAUCACUUCUUGGAGUCAAAGGGUUAACUAACUUGAGUACAAACUUAUCCUGUUUUAGUAUCAAAAUGAAAUUCCUUUAUAACCACUCAUCCAGAGUGUAAAAGCCAGUUUGGAUAAAUACUCAAGAGGGAUUUAAUAUUUCAUUCAGAUAUUCAAUUGUAUUUUUGGUUUUGUUUUUUUAUUGAGCCAGGCUACUGGGAUAUGAGCACACUUACCAUGGAACAUUUGCGCUGAUUGGAGCAGCAUCUUUUUUGGGUGGAGUCGUGCGCAUGACCAUCAGCUUAACUGUCAUCCUGAUAGAAUCAACCAAUGAGAUCAGUUAUGGUCUGCCCAUUAUGAUUACACUCAUGGUGUUGUAGGAAUUCUUUUUCCUUCUUAUGUGUUAUUUUAUAUCAGGUUUUACCUUCUUGAGAGCAUUUAGUACCUCUGUGCUAGUUAGGGACACCAUGAUAAAAUAUUUGUAGACAAGUCAUUGCUGAGGAUGUGAUGUUGUAUUCCUCAUAUAUUUCAAAUACAACACUCAAAAGCCUGGAUGUUUGAAAGGCAAUAAUAAAAUGAAUAGUUCAGGAAAUACAGGAUUAAAAGCUACUUGACCUUGAUUUCUCUUGAAAUAAAGGUAAUUAUAUUAAAGGCUGAGUUGUUUUACCUUAGCAUAAAAUGAAAUUGAAGGAAAACAUUUAAACUGUUAAAUUGUUGGCAAUACUUAUAAAACAAAACUUAACAAAAAUAGUUGAUUCACCAUUGAUUAGCCUUGUUGUGCUUUGAAGAACCAGGCCCAGAACAUGUAAUCUCAUGGUGCUUACCAGAGAUAUUGUGAGUACCAGUAUUCUAAACACCAAAUAAAUAGACAGAAAGAGUUCUUCUCUAAGCUUUCAUCAUUCAAACAGAUCUCAAACAUCAUCACCUAAAACAUAUUUUCAUGUGUGUUCAGUUAAUAUUGCUCAUUAAAAAUGAGUGGAUAGCUCAUGCAGUCUCAAUCAAACUUUAAGAUAUGUUCUGAUCAAAUCGUUUUUCACCUUGUAUGUGUGUGUUUCUUCAGGUAGCAAAAUGGUCGGGAGAUUUGUUCAAUGAAGGCCUAUAUGACAUUCACAUUCAAUUAAAGAGUGUUCCUUUACUUGAAUGGACAGCUCCUCAGGAAAUGUACAGGUAAGGGUUUAUGAUGAGUCACAAUCAUUGGUGAACGACAGCCAGAGAUUAUUAAAUAGAAGUAAAAUUGAAGAUAAAUUAUGAUUACCGGUACUAUAAAAUAUUAAAGAAAGAAAGCACAAUUUUUUUGUGGAAAAAGCCUAGGGAAGCUUUCUUCAGUAAGUAGUCAGGUAAUGGGAUAUCAUUUGGAUUUUGCACAAAAAUCGAUUCCUAUAAUGAGCUACAAAUAAAUAAUUGUUUAAAGUUUUGUCUGUUGGGAGAGGUUUCUGUUAGAUUUUGUGUACUGCGAGAAAUUGCAACAGUUACACCUCAGCUUGUUCUACCAUACAUAUUAGACACAGAAGUAAACAUGCAGUUGACUCCUGCUAAUGAGAAUGUGCAGUGACAUCUAAGGCUAGUGCCUACAGAUCUUGAUAACUUGAACUUCUUAAGAGCUUAUAACCUUUUCCCCUUUGAACAGUGAUUAGGGUUCAAUUUAACAGCAGUUAACUGUAUUACCCUUAAAAAGAACACGUUUGCAGUUGACGUAUUUAACAGAGUUGAUGUAUUUUUGUGGCAGAAUGACCCAGUAGCCUAAGCAUUGUGUAAGUGGAAAAGAUCAUGGGUUUGAGUCCAUUACUUAUUAACUGGAAUUUCCAUUUUCUCUAAGUCUUAUCGCAGAAAGUUGUUUAAAUAUUUUCACCAGAUUGAAAGCCUCAGACAUCAUGGAGUCCUGUCUGUCCUACAUCUACCCUCACACGAGAGUUCACUCCAUCAUUGGGAUUCUGAAGACAACAGCCCACAAUGCUUUCCCAGUGGUGACCAUUGACAAAAACACUCAAAGGUUACCACAAGGGAAUGAUUUUGAAUACAGAGUUGAUUCAUCAAAUGAAUUAUUUGCUCGCACAACCACCUUUUCAAGUUUGACAAGCGAGCAAAAACUGCGACGACAUUUAACAAGUCAUGGAGAGAGUAGUGUGCUGCAAAGGAAUAGAGCUGAGUCUGAACAUCAUCCAAGAAUUGAGGGUGUAAAGAAUAAGAGGAGAAAAAUUAAAAGUGAGAGCCAUCAGGAUGAUUUGAAGGUCACAACUUCUGCUCCUGGGAUGUCCUAUCCUGUUAAUGAAGACAACUUUACAGUUCAAGGGAGAUUGAUGGCUGAUCAUGGUGUUGGUAAGUCCACCAGCACCUUAAUUGUUCAGUAAUGGGUAUGCUUGUUUUUGGAUAAGUUUUUUUACCAGGUGGACUUGUCAUACUUUUAUUAAUAUCUACACUUCCAUGGACAACUUUGCAAGGGAGAAGUUGCCAAAAAAAUUUGCUUGUGGAAAUGCAGUUGGGAUUUUCCUGUCCCAAACUUGAAUCUCUACACAUAUCCAGAGAGCAGACUGUGCUGCAACUGUUCAAUAAUACCUGUGUGAUGUUUUAUCUACUGACGGUAAAUUCUACAUAACAGCUGCAUUUGCCAGUAAAAGCCUUUCUAAUAAAACUUUAAAAUGAAAAUUCAGGUAUAUAUAUAAUUAUAUAUAUACAAUUUUAUUAUUAUGACUGUCAUUGCAGAUGUCCCUAGUGGUGCAAUUAACCCAAAUUUUAGUACUGUAUCAGUCCCUGUUUUGACAGACUGGGAGGAGCCCCAGGCAUUGACAUUUCAUGGGCUCAUUCUCAGGUCACAGCUGGUAACUCUUCUAAAAGAGAGAGUAUUCUACACUGAGAAUACACAGGUAAAGCCCACAGUUGCCAGUGAUAUUGUAGUCAAGUACACUCAUUGUAAGAAGUUUUACUGAGUCAGGAGCAACAAACAUAGCAAUAGACUAUGAGCAGGGCAAGUAAAAAAAAUCAGUGAAAGAAGGAGAAAUAGAUAUUAGUGUGCUGCACAGAAUUCUUGGAGUGAGGGGAGUGAUAAUUUAGAAAAGCAUUAAUUUUACAAAUUAAAUUGAUGUUAAAUUGCUGGUCAGAUGGUAUAAACCAACAAAAGAUUGAAAGAUGAGGAACCAAGGGAAAUUGAAAUAAAGGGAGAAAAAGAGAAGACAAGAGGAAGCAUUUACUAGAUUUACACAAAGAAAGAAUGACCUUGUUUUGAGCAACCAAAAGUACUUAUUAAUGCUCAGCUAUUAUGACUGGAAAUUAAUAAACACCUGUUAAUUUAUAUUGUACGUCACUUGACAUUGUUGAUAUUUCAGACACCCAAGAGACGUGACCUUAAUUUUGAAAGUAUGACUGAAGACUAUCCUCGGUUUCCUGACAUUCAUGACGUGCCAGUUGAAUUUGAAGAUCAACAGAAAAUUAUGGUGAGCAAACUCAUACUCAGAUUAUAUUGCUGCAAAGUGUGUUUCUUUAUAGGGAAGACGGUUGAUUGUGUCAAGAUGUAUCUUAAAAAUAUCAAUCAUGUGAGUGAUAAAGAGGGAAUUUCUCAUUACAGUAUUGACACAUUUUGAAACAGAAAGGCGAUAAGAAGGCAGAAAAACAUUAACUAGGGAAAAUAGGUGAAUGUAAUGCCAACAUCUCAGGGUUAGUAUUUCAAGUGAUGUUUGGGAAAAGUGCAGAGAAGUUAUACUUAACACUUAAUUGGCGUAAAAGGGGUUAUUGAUAAGUGUUCCAUCAUUCCCAGUUUUUUGGCACCAUUUUGUUUCUUUCAGGAUGUAACACCCUAUAUGAACCCUUGCCCAUAUAUGGUAUUUCCUUGGACCCCUGUGCCACUGGUCUUCAAUCUAUUUAGGACAAUGGGGCUGCGACAUUUGAUCGUGGUUAACACUAAAGGGCAGGUAAGUCUUGCACAAGGACAAGCUAUGCACAUGUAGUGUCUGGGGCUCUUGUCUAGGUGUGAGCUCAUUCUAUUGUCUCAGUGAUGCACUUGCCUUCUGUAAAGCUCUGACUAUGAACACUUCAACUUCCAUGAGUGACCAAGACAAAAUUUCUCCUUACAGUAUUGGUACAGUAUGAAGAAGACAAGUGAUGAGAAUCAAGAAAAAUACUUAUCAGGGGAUUAUUAUUUGAUCUAAUACCAAAUUCUCCAAAGUAACAUUAUGGAAGAAUUGUCUGUCAGGUAGAAUAGAGAAUUACUAUUGAGAUCUUGGGAGUGAAAGGGUUAACUGAAAAUUUGAAUGUUAUUAUACCAACAAGGAGCCAAUCCGAGAAUUAAGAGUUUACUGGUCUGUGAUUGACAUUGGCUGUAACUUUUUGGUUUCUUCAUGUGCCCUGAUUUCUCUAACCUUCAAUGGGAGCAGUCUCAAUAUAGAGAACAUUCCCAAAAUAUACGACAGAGGAUUUUUGUUUACAUUGUUUUGUGAGUUUCAUGGAGGCAAGUCUUGCAUUGACUUUUUUCACCUUGCAAUAUGAAGUGUGAAUGAGCUAAGUAUGCAUCUGGAUGCCCUGUGUAGACUAAAAUUCCAUUCAUGAGGGGAAGCAUGUUAUGCUUGAUCACAUAAUGCAUUCAAUAAUUAUAAACUGUCCAUUGACUAUAAACUGGCCAUUGAUAGGGGCAAAGUUUGUGACUUUAAUUGUGUAGUCAACAAGUUACCAUCUCUACAGAUUUUGAGUCAGUGUGUAUUGAAGAUUCUUAUUCAUAUUGAUAUUUUCCUAUUUCAGCUUGUGGGAAUGAUAACACGUUACAAUUUAACCCAUGAAUACAUGGAGCACUGUUUAGAAAACCUUGGCUGAAACUAAAAGUACUAUUUGCUGGAUGUAAAAUUAGACAAUCUGCUGGGAUUUAAUUUUUAUAACACUUUAAUUAGGAAAAUAUUCCUCACCAUUUGUACCAUAAUUUUUUUUUUUUUUCCUGGAAAGUAAUUACUUUUUUAUGCUGUGAAUGGAGGGAUGAAUGAAUAAAUUAAUUAAUGAAUUUAGUGACUGGGAGAAAAGGAUUACAGAUGUAAGAAAUAUUAAAUUUUCCAUGUACAAAAUAAAAUUUUAGAUUAACUUAAGAAAUUGAUGGAUUUUCGCAGUUUAUUUUUAUAGGAAGAGUAGAGAGGAUUCAUGCAGAAAAAGAUGUUUCCUACAUAAAUUUGCAUGAGUAGUAAUAACAAUUUUUAAAGAGGUAGAAUUAAAAAUUGCAUCUAUCUAAUUUUUGGAAAUUUUAGGCUUGGUUGUAGUUUGGUAAUACAACCAUUUUCAAAUUUUAUGUUUGUGAUGCAGAGACAAAAUUUCAAUAGGAAAAGGAAAAAAGAAAUGAAUUAAACCAAAUGCAAAAACAUAGGUGUUAAAGAUGCUUAUUUUAAUAAUUAGUUUUUGUUAAAAGAACAUUUUUACUUACAUUAGGAAUUAGAAUAUUCUGUUAUUAAAAUUACAAGUUGUAAAAGUUUUUUUAUAAAAUUAAAUAAAGGCCA